GUUAGCUCAGCUGGUUAGAGCGUCGUACUAAUACCGGGAAACCCGUAUAAGGUAUGCGAAGGUCAACAGUUCAAUCCUGUUACUGGGCAUUCAUCUUUUGGCAAUUUGUCAAUCGUUCAUCCGAUGUGGUGGGUUCCAUCAUUAUUACUUCCACUUUCUCCUUUUCUUCUUCUUCUUCUUUUUUUUCACCGAUAUUAUUCAAGUCAUGCGAUUUCAACAGACUUGAACUACGAAGUACUUCGAACCUCUUCAUAUGCAGGAAAUAGUUCGGAUGAGGAAGACAGGCAGGGAAGCACCCAACCGAGCCGAUUCGACGCAGAAAGCCUCCGGCCUUGGGAGGAUGAACAAUGCUUGAUGAUUUUCGUCAGGGGGUGACACGCGAGUGGGUGGCUCACAUGCGAUGAAAUUGACCCCCAAACUUAGUUAAGCACGGACUCGAGAAUACGGAACCGAAUCGCGAUCUUC